AUCUUUGGCCAGGCCGGUGGUGCGCUGCUGUUGGCGUUCGCUAGGCCCACUGCCAGUGACUCGUACAGAGCCUCGCCCUCAACCCGCACGCGGAUUCCCCUCCGCCUCGCCGGCGGCCGAUGGGCGCCGCCGCGAAGCCGCCGCAGUUCAUCUGCUUCAAGUGGCCGUGGGGCCCUAACCCCGGCCCGUCGCCGGACCCCGGCCCGAGCCCCUGCGGCGACCUCGAGCUCCCCUGGCUUUUCAAAUCCAUCCGCACCCUCGCGCAGGGCCUCGUCAUCGCCGGCGACCUCCCUCCGCCCCCGGCCCCCGCCGCCGGGGGAGGCAGGAGGAGGAGAGGAUGGGGGAGGCCCGGGUCCGCGCUGGCCCGCGGGAGGCCCGCCACGGUGCUCGAGUUCUACUCGCCGCGCUGCCGCCUCUGCGCCUCGCUGCAGGGGCUCGUGCGGGAGCUGGAGGAGCAGGCCGGCGGGGCGGCCGGGUUCGUGCUCGCCGACGCGGAGGACGACCGGUGGCUGCCCGAGCUUCUGCAUUACGAUAUCAGAUACGUCCCUUGCUUUGUGCUCCUGGACAAGCACGGCAGAGCUCUAGCGAAGACUGGGGUACCAACCAGCCGGCAGCACGUUAUCGCUGGUCUCCAUCACCUCCUGAAGAUGGAGCGUCCAUCUGGGCAUGAAGGAAACCAGAGCGUGCCUCCAUCAUGAACAUACAGCCAAGCGCUUGAGCAAGAUCUGUAAUGGCAUUUUAUGGCAAAGAAAAUUUCAGAAUGUGCAUUUUGUUUAGCAAACGUGACAAUGAGCGACACUGACACUUCAAUUCUUUAUCUGAUUAAUAGUACAUUUUCUAGGUGCAAAAGCAGUUGAAUUUCCCCCUUUUGUUGGGUUGUAGUGACCAUGCCUCGAUAAUGUCAGCCUUAACAUAGGCUCCCCAUUUUUCUCCUAGAAUUUCUUGGUGAAGCUUGUGUUGUUUGUCAGGAAAUGUAGUGAUUCUGCUUCAUUGAAA